AUGAUCGAAGGAGAAGAUUUGCUGCUUUGCCCAACAUGCGGCACUCAGUUUGACGUCCCAGCUGACAACCCACCAUCCGGCUACUGCAGGAUCUGUGAUGACCCAAGACAAUACAUUCCAGCUACCGGACAAACAUGGACGAGUCUCAAAGCCGAAGCGGGUAAGCAUGAAACCAAGUGGAAGCAAGAUGAGCAGGACAAGCGUAUCUGGUCCAUCUGGGCCGAACCGAAGCUCGGAAUAGGCCAACGCGCCCUCCUCAUCCAAACCCCCCACGGUAACAUCCUCUGGGACUGUAUCGCCUACCUCGACAAACCCCUCAUCGACUUCAUAACUUCCCUAGGCGGCCUCUCCAGCAUAAUAAUCUCCCACCCCCAUUUCUACACCACCCAUCUCUCCUGGUCCGCCGUGUUCUCUUGUCCGAUAUACACACACGCCCUCGAUGAGAAAUGGUUAUCGAGAUCCCUCACCGCAGAUACGAAAAGGAUAUUGUUGAGGGACAAGUAUACGGAGAUCGUCAAGGGUGUUACUGCUAUUCAAGUAGGAGGGCAUUUUGAAGGUAGUAUGGUGUUGCAUUGGGAUGGUGUGGGUGAGGGUGAUGAGAAGGGAGGAAAAGGUGGGCAUCUGUUUAUCGCGGAUACCUUUGUCAAUGUGCCGUCUGGCUUCUAUCGUAAAGAUAGACCUCCAGGCACGACUUCGUUUUCUUUCAUGUGGAGCAUUCCAAACAUGAUCCCGCUGCCUCCCGAUACCAUCCUUGAGAUGUGGAAAGCCAUCAAACCAUACGACUUCACCGCCACGCAUGGUCUCUUCCCUGGCUGGGACAUCAGGGAUGAAAAUGUCAAGAAAAGUGUGCUUGAUAGUAUGAAAAUUCAAGUCAGAAAUCAAGGCUUUGCUAGUCAUGCUCUUCUGGACGAGGAGUGA